AAUUUCCUUUCAGGGCGACAAGAAUUACUUGAAGCGGUGUUCCGUAUUCCUUAAAGAAAGAUAUACUUGUAUCCAAUGUUUUCUUGGUGUCUACCCAUAGCUCUGGAAUGAGGGCGUUAAGUUUCAGUGCGGUAGCAAGUGCACUUUCGAAAAAAAACGUAUGGCAGGAAAGCAUUAACUGCAACAUGAGCAAUGUAACAGCACACAUUAACAAUUUUCCUGAUGAAAUACUUCUACAUAUAUUCAAUUAUUUACCUACACCGGACUUACUUGUGUGUGUGACAAAAGUGUGUACUCGAUGGAACGCCUUCGCAUACGAUCGCAAGCUUUGGAAUCGCAGAAUGGUGGAUCUACCAGAAGAUACCUCUGUGCAGGCUUUGGUUGAAUGUUUCCCUAAAUGCACAUCUGUCAGUAUGGAACUCAACAGUGCCUCUUGGCCUGGACAGGCUAUGUUUGACGGGAAACACCUACACGCAUUCAUGCGGACAAGAGACUGUUUCCUUAGUUUCCUAACAACAAUAAUAAAAAAUGGUGAUGACAUUACAGAUAUAUCUGUAUGUGGCAUUAACGAGGAUGUGGAGGAAGUGCUGACGGUCAUUGCCCACUUACCGAAUCUACAGACUUUACUUAUAAACGGAUCAUUUUUUGCUGAUAAUUCAGGAAUUAGGCACAUUGGGGACAACUGUCCACACUUGAGGAAAGUGGACACUGGCGAAAUCACGUUUGCAGAAGAGGAAGUGGAAUAUUUUAUAAGAAAGAAGAAACAUCAGCUGACACAUAUAGGUUUGGCCCUACAAACAGCUGAAGGUUCCUCAUUGUUGCCUUUUCUGGGCCUCUGUGGUGAUACAUUAAUCAGCCUGGAUAUUUAUGGCAUUGCAGGCUUUUAUAUUACUGUCGUGGAUGAUGUGACUGUUUUCAGUGCCCUUAAAAAAUUGGAACAUCUCAGAUUUCACAAUUACAUCAAAUUUGGGAGUGAUGUCCUUGUAAAUGCAUUUACCUCCAGUUGGUUCUUAAAUCUGAGGACUCUUGUGAUAGAUACUGCCACUUAUGUGGAUGAUGAAGUAAUGGCAGCCAUUAGUCUCAAUUGCCCACUGCUGAAUGAGCUGCAGAUCAACUAUUCUCAAAUUACGGGAGAGGGACUGAAGUACCUGCACUGUCUCCGGAACCUGCAGAAGCUGGACCUGUCGCUCUCACAACUUUUGAAGUCUCUGGGAACACUCUCGCAGUGUGUCCAGCUGCGGAAGUUGAGCCUGGAGAGCUGCACACGUGUCCAUUCGAGAGAAAUAGCGGAUGCGGUGCCGCACAUCCACGAGCUGCGAGUACUUGACCUCAGCCAGUGCGGGGCGUCACUGCUCCGUCUGCGGGAGCUGCCACAGCAAUUGCCCUUCCUCCGUACACUUGUCCUUUAUGGUGCUGACAUAAAUGUUGAACAGCUGCAAGCUAUGAGGCACUGCGCACCACACAUUAAUGUUGUGAUAUAAAAAUCUGAAUUGGGCAGUCCGAUCGUAUACUGAGUGAAAAAUGGGGACCUGUUGUGUAAAAAUUUAAUCGUUGUGAUGCAGAUUAUGUUUCUUACAAGGUGUAAGAUACUAGUCACAGAAAGUGUAUAAAAGCUGUUAUGUAAUACUCAUAUUCAGUAUUAAUGUGCUUAAAGUAUCUGCAAAUCUUGUCCACCUUAGAAAGGGCAUAUUCGAGCUAAAGCAAAUUGUAAGGUCUUACCACAAUAGCAUAGAAAACCACCAACUUCUACCACAUGUUAGCCUUUUUAAAUAAUUUCUCUACAUUUUUUCGAUUGCCAGAAGCCACAAUAUAUUAAUCGUACAACAACAGUUGUUAAACAAUUGAGAGUUGAUAAUGUAUUGUACCUGAUGCUUGAUUUUCACAGCGAUUGUAAUUUAAAAGUAACUGUCAUGUAAUUUUAUAUAUUUCUUUCCUUUUAUUUAUUAUAUAUACAAGUCUCAUCCAUUUUGUUCUUUCCCUUUAAAUUAAUGCUCUUUGUAAAAUUACUGACAGGAACAAAGUGAAGGAUUUACCAUGAGUUUGUUGACCAAACUGCCUUCACUCUCACAUAAAGGAAAAUUGCAGAAAAUCUUAAUUCAUAAAUUUGACUUCAUGUAAAUGUAUACCUCAAAGGAUGCCUAUGGUAUCUUAUACGCAUUCAGGAAAAAAAAAGAAGAAGACAUCAUUGUGAAAGUGCUAUUGACAAAUACACCUCUUAAAUGUA